AUGUUUUUCAACAAUGACGCAAAUCAUGCCAACCCACGACUUCCACCCCUCCCACCACUCCCACCCGUAUUUGGACGAGAUGGGUUUGAAAUCGAAAUCCCACAGAUAACACCAGGACUGGGAAGAUAUUGGUUUGGUUGGGGAUCAAAUAAUAAUGAGGUCGUUUCAAAGAGUAUUACUACUUUACAAAAUAGAAAUGCAAACCUACGAAAGGAAAAUGGACGAUUGCGAAAUCUAGACGAAUUAUGGAAAGGGGAGGUCAGACGACUGCGAAAUCAAAGUGCCAGACCGGACAGACAGGAUGAGCGACAAAACCAGAUUAUUGAGGAACUAGGUGGCCAGUUGGCUGAAUUGAGAGGAAGAGAUGAGCAAAAUACGCAAGCUAUUCAAGGGCUCAAGGAACAGGUAGAAAGAUUGGGCGAAAAAGAUCAGACGAUUGAUAGCCUACACAUUCAAGUCUCGGAGCUAAGGAGGGAAGUUGCUUUACACGCGCAAAAUAUUCGAGAACUCACAGGCCAGGUAGCUAAAGCUGGCGAGAAAGAUCAGACAAUUGAGGAACUGCGCAUUCAAUUAUCUGAGGUAAGGAGGGAGAACGAUUCACAUGCACGAACCAUCCAAGGACUCAGGGAUCAAGUAACCAAAGCAGGAGAGAAGAAUCAGACGAUUGAGGAACUACGAACUCAAAUGUCUGAGAUCAUCCAAAACCUCCACAAGCAAAUAACCAUCUUAACCGAACAGCACAGCAAACAAGUGACGGAGCUCCGCGAACGCAUCACCACCAUAUCGAAGGAAAACGACGAGCGCGUCAACAUCAUGUCGGAACUGCGCAUGAAGCUCACCGAGGAGAAUGAAAAAAAUACGAAGCAGGAAUGGACCAUUUCCACCCUCCGCAAUAAAUUGAUCAACGAGGCGGAAAUGUGCGAGGUGCGUCGUGCGUGGGCUGAGAGACAGCAUGAGACGGAAAUGGAAAAGGCGCAGUAUGAGCUCGGGGAAGUGCGGGUGGAGAAUGCGACGCUGAAGCUGCGGAUGGAGAAAGCUGAGGGGGAGAGGGAUGAGGCGAGGAAGGCGGAGAAGUUGAUGAGUGAAGGGUUUGAGGAGGUGGUGGAGAGGAGUAGAGCGCUGGAGGUGGCGAAUGAAUUGUUAGAGGAGAGGUUGAUGAGAUUUAAGAGGAGAGAGGCGGAGGCGGAGACGGCGGAAUAG